AUUAAUGGAAGCACCCACACUUGUCCACCCUCCAUCCCUCGGCGGGCAGCCCAAAGAGAAGAUCUUUUUCACUCUGCGAGGGAGCUGCCCGGACUGCCCGAACCCUCCCCCCACUGCAACUACGGGCAGUCAGUCACCAGCCAGUCACCACUCGUUCCGCCGUCUCCGCCGCGCUCUAGGGCCGGAAGCCUCCAGAUCUGGUCUCUCCACGCCUCGGAUCUCGCUACGCGGUUGGGUGUUCCAAUAGUUGUCGAAGAAAAAGAAGGCGCACGAAUGGAAACCGAGAUUGGGGCUUCUGCUCUUGGACUCGGGGCGACCCUCGCCCGCCUCGUGCUAACGUGCGCCGGCGAGGCGCUCGUUAGCCUCGUCGUGGUCAACCUGGUCAAGGCCGAGCUUAUGGCUCAUCAGAUUGAAAAACAGGAGUACGGAGCUAGUUAUGACCAAAGCCACACCCAAGCCAAGCCAAUCGAUGCUGGGGAAGAUGAUGAUGACAAUGGUGGCGGCGACGAUGAUGAUGCGGAUGGCGGGUUUGGGGAAGGUGAAGAGGAAGUAUCAUCUGAAGGUGGAGAGGAGUACAAGAAAAACCCUAACAGCAAUAAUGGUAACUCGAAGAAGGAAGCGGGAAGCGGGACUGGGACCGGGACCGGUGGGGGUGAAGAGAAUGGGGAAGAGGAGGAGGAUGAUGAAGAUGGUGAAAACCCAGAAGGAGAUGACGAUGAGGACGACGAUGACGACGAUGAUGAUGAAGAUGAGGAUGGCCGAGAGGAAGAAGAAGAGGAAGAAGUUGUUGAGGAAGAAAACGAAGAAGAAGACGAUGACGACGAGGAUGAAGAUGAGGAGGCCCUCCAGCCUCCAAAGAAGAGGAAGAAGUGAGGAAUUCGUGAGAAGAGGGAAUCUGAGCGCUCCUCCUAGUCCUAGACACUCAUUCCUAAGUGAAAUGUUCACUGACUUUCCAUAGUCUUCUUUAGCGCAUGAGGGAAGACAUAAUUAGGAUGUAAUGCUUCUGUAUCGAAUUUUAUCAAUUUCCGCUGUUGCUACUUAGAGUUGCUAAAACGAACGGUCGAGCCGCGGCAUCGGUUUCUGUUCAUGCCCCUGAGUUUGAGAGCUCCUUUGUUAUCUUUCAGGGAAUUUUUAAUGAUCUAUUGAGUCAAAAUUCGUCCA